AUGGGUUCGCCAGAGCCCUAUAACAAAGACACUCUCAAUAACUCGCCACUUGCUGCAGACGGUAGUGAUUUUCCCUGCAAGUUACGCGGAGACGCUUUUCGAGUCCCUUCCGAAGAAGCCAUUUAUUGCGCUGGCAAUAACUAUUCAAUGACAUUCUAA